AUGGCUUCUGUCACACCCACACCUACUAAUUUAAAAAUUAAACGCGAUCUCGAAUUGAACGAUGUAAUGGAAGUUUUAACUCGAUAUAAAUCUUACGAUGGUAGCGAAAUUAUCUGCUGUAUCUGUGAUAAAGUGUAUAAGAGUAGAGUCUGCUUUACCAAGCAUAUUUGGGAACAUAGUGUUUAUUGGGACACAUUUGAUGGUGUAAAAAAUCACGAACGUGUUUUGUCUAUCCAAGCUGCUAUCAUAUUAUGUCAGCAAGUUACCAACUCAUCUGGCCUAGUAGUCGCAUGGCCAUGCGAUAAAAAACAACGUGAAGAUCUAUCUCCAAAGAGUGAUCAUGAUGCCAGAAAAUUAUUACCUCGUAAAAGGAAGAGAGAAUUAAUUGAUUGUUCUGUGUAA